UUUUUUUUUUUUUUUUUUUUUUUUUUUGCGCUUUAUGGCUCUGCGAGCUGAAAAGGUUCCCGACCUCUGUGUUAGUGGGAUUUACAUCCAUUUCUAAAAAGACAUAGAGAACAUCUGCAUCAUAUACAGUAGCUGCAUUGCAGUCUGGAACUUUGAGACCUGUGAUAUCAGCAUGGUACACAGCAGCAUCACCGGAAUACAAAUGUUCAGCAUCAACUAAGAGCACCAGAAUUACUAAACAUGUCACAAAUAUUUCAAUAUCAACAUACUUAAAGCGUUUCAGGGUGGUCUUUUCCUUUACAUCAACCUCCAUCCUACCCAGGUAACUUUUUGUCCUUGCUUUAUUUGGGAGAACUUAGUCUUUAAUGGGGGUAUUGAUAUUACCCACCUGUGUGGUAAUGAGAAUAAAGCUCAGCACAUCAUAAUAAUCCUUUAAGGCCUAAUAUUUUUAUAUACUUAAACAUACAUUUCAGGAAGUGAAUGUUAGAACUUGGGUCCUAUUAAAACAGAACUGAGGGAUAAGAAUUUGGAGCAAAGAACAAGAAGGUGGAGAGAGGAGACACAAGUGGGCAGUCCUAGUACACUCUGUGCAGCCAAUAGGACUCUGUUUUGACCUCUAUUUUGAUCUCUAGAGCCAAUAAGAGCAGCACUGAUCUCAGUAUAGUAGUGUAAAUUGAAUCUGGGCCUGGCCUGUUAUAUCAUUAAGACCUGUGGUGCGUGUGAUAUCCCUUAGUUCAGUUGUGUGUCAGUGCCUUGAGUGUACCGAUUACCAUUAAAUACUAAAGCAUUCCUGUCUUGUAUUGUGGAGAACUAGUGUGUUUUGGAGUUUGUUUUUCGUCUUCUGAGAACGUGCUGAGUGGUUUUAAAAAGACACCCAACUGUCCUUUAGUGCAGAUCACCAUGCCGCUUGCAGUUGGUGGUCCUGUCGGUUACACUCCUCCAGAGGGGGGGUGGGGUUGGGCAGUUGUAGUUGGUGCAUUCAUCUCUAUUGGUUUCUCCUAUGCCUUCCCAAAGUCCAUCACUGUGUUCUUCAAAGAUAUUGAAGUGAUCUUUCAAGCCACCAGUAGCCAAGUCUCCUGGAUCUCAUCCAUCAUGCUAGCUGUCAUGUAUGGAGCAGGUCCAGUCAGCAGUAUUCUGGUGAAUAAGUAUGGCAGUCGUCCGAUCAUGAUAACAGGGGGUUGCCUGUCAGGAGCUGGACUCAUUGCUGCAUCUUUCUGCAACACAGUGGAGGCCUUGUAUUUCUUUGUGGGUGUUGUAGGAGGUUUGGGACUUGCGUUCAAUCUCAACCCAUCCCUUACUAUGAUUGGCAAAUAUUUCUACAAAAGAAGGCCCAUUGCAAAUGGCAUUGCCAUGGCUGGCAGCCCUGUGUUUCUAUCCACUUUAGCUCCUCUGAACAGUUGGUUUUAUAACCAAUUUGGUUGGAGGGGCAGUUUCCUAAUCCUGGGUGGACUGCUGCUCAACUGUUGCGUAGCUGGAUCUCUCAUGAGGCCUAUUGGGCCAAAACCCAAACCUGCUGUGAAGGAAGUUAGUUCUGAUGGAGAGAAGAAGACAGUGAUGCAGCUUAUCAACAGUUUCAUUGAUCUGUCUCUCUUCAAACACCGUGGAUUCCUCCUGUACCUCAUAGGCAAUAUUAUCAUGUUCUUUGGCCUUUUCACUCCCCUAGUAUUCCUCAGUAAUUUUGCCAAAAGUAGGGAUAUUCCAAAAGAGAAAGCAGCUUUUUUACUUUCAGUGCUGGCCUUUGUGGACAUGGUGGUGCGGCCAUCCAUGGGAACAGUGGCCAACACCAAGUGGGUGCGACCCAGGAUACAGUAUUUCUUUGCAGCCUCAGUUCUGUUUAAUGGUGUGUGCCAUGUUCUUGCACCUCUUUCAGUUGAUUAUCUAGGGUUUGUUAUCUAUUCGAUCUUCUUUGGGUUUGGGUUUGGGUGGCUAAGCUGUGUGCUGUUUGAGACCUUGAUGGAUUUGGUGGGAGUCCAGCGCUUCUCCAGUGCUGUGGGCCUGGUCACCAUUGUGGAGUGUGGACCAGUGUUAAUUAGCCCUCCACUGCUGGGAAAAUUUAAUGACAUCUACCACGACUACAAGUACACUUACAUAACCUGUGGAAUAGUCCUGAUGGUUGCAGGCAUGUUCCUUUUUAUCUUCAUGGGCAUUAACUACAGGCUACUGGAUAAGGAAGCAAAGGAGGAAGCGAGAAAAUCUCAGACAAAAAGAAAAGAGGAAGAAUCCACCAUAGACAUCGCGGACAAGGAGACAGCUACUGCUCUACAAGUAAACAGAGGCAAUAAAACAGCAGAAGACACUGUGUGACUUCCCCUAUCCAGACAUGAUUGUACGCUUUUGUGGAAAUAUAUGUCAUGCAGUUCUGUACUGUUGUAAUAUUGUUAUUAUUGUGCAAUAUUUACAUGCCUAAAAAUAUCACUGAGAUGACACAAUACAAUGUGGUUCAGCACAUAAAACAUGUUAGUAAUGUUAAUGUUUGACGUUAUUUUAACUGAACCUAUCAGAAUUUCACCUUUUUUUUAUUUGUGUCUCCUUUUUUAAUUGUAUGACAGUCAAAACUAAUCUAAAAAAAUAAGGUAUUCAUAAGGACUAAUAAAACUGUAUUUUAGAUGUCUA